AUGUUAAUUUUAUUGAUAAUAUCAACAUUAAUACCUUUAUAUAAGUGUGAAUCCAUUCUCUUUAACAACAGUUAUCUUACAGAAAUUAACAAUAUGAAUUUUACUUUAAAACAAGAAAACUUCUAUUUAAUAUAGGUAUGAAUUAGAUUUGUAUGUGACAAGUUAUAAAUUCUUGAAUUUCCAAAAGAUCAAAGAUUCUCUUUAUAAUUAAUUGUGACAUCCAAAAAAAAUGAUAUAAAUCUAACAUUUGUUGAUGCAGAUGCAUUUCAUGAAAAAGUUGAGUUUUAAAAUAUUUAUGUUAACAAAACAGAUGAAAUAGCUAUUAAUGUUUUAUACAAAAAAAUAUGUAAUUAUUAAGCAGAAGAUAUUCAACAAUUCAAUUACUCAAUAUUUUUGAUUGAAUCACCUUAAGAAUAAGUUUAAUGUAAGUUCCCUUAUUACUUGAUUAAUUGUACAUAGUAAUUAAGAUCUGAAGAGAUACCAAAUACAUAAAUUACAAUUGCCAAGAAUAAAUGGAUAUAUUUUUAUUAUAGAAUUGAAUAAAAUGAAUAUUAGGUAAUGUAUUCCCUUUGAAAUAGUUAUUAAUAGAGAAUGGCAAAUCUGAUAUUGGAGUGUCAUUGGUCCCUUUUAAUAUUUCUCGAAUAACUAAACUGCCAUCCUUUAAUUCUUAUUUCAGUUUGAUACCUUAAGAAUACAUAUAUCAAGUAAAAUUAAAAAGAUAAGGAAAUUAAUUGGAUUCUGUUGUAAUAGUAGGGUUAUAUAAUUUCAAUUAAACAUCUGAGGCAGAAAUAAAUUUAUCUUUAGAUUCAAUUAUUGCUUCUGAUGAUACUUUCCCUAUUUGGGGAAUCCUUGUAAUAAUUGGAGUAAUAGUUUUGGCAAUAUUAAUCAUAAUUUACUUGGCAAUUCAAUUUAGGAGACAAUUAAAAGUGCUUUCUUUAGAAACCCCUGAAAUUGGUUUAGAAAUGUUAGAUAAAUAUAUGCCAUCUAAAACGGUAUAAUCUUCAAUGUUGAAUGAUUUUUGUUGUAUCUGUUUAGUAAAUUAUGAAGAAAAUGAUAUUAUAAGAGAAACUCCUUGUGGUCAUACUUUUCAUGAUAAAUGUAUAAUUGAAUGGUAAAAUAAUCUAAAUUAAUAAAGGUUUAAGAAGAAUAAAAGUUGUCCAUAUUGUAGAUUAGAAUUUACAGAGGAAGAGUUCCAAAGAUUAAUGUUAUAAAAAUAAACAGAUACAAGUCCUGAAAAUAAAAAGAAUUAAAAUUCUAAUUUUAUUUAAAGAGUUACAAGUUUAAAAUUAAUUCAAAAUACAAAUUAAUAACAAAGAAGAAAUCUUGAAGAUUCUACUUCCUAAUUAAAUUAAGUCGAAGAAAUUCCCUAAUAAAAUUAUGUUCAACCAUUUAACAUUUUUGAUUAAGCUGAUUAAAAUUGA